AUGUUGGUUUCGAACGUCAGCGAGCCGCUGUGUACCUGGCCUUUGCAUCCGAGUUUAACAGCGUGUUCUGAACCGAGCUUACUCUACUUGCCGCUCCUUAUACUGGUCGUGAUUCUAACCAGUUGUCUUUCUGUGGCGUCUGUCAUGGGCAACGCUCUCUGGAUCACAGCUUACGCUAAGACGCCGGCUCUUCAAACUCCUCUGAACAUGUGCCUGCUAAGUUUGGCAUCAGUGGGUCUCUUUAAUGGUGUCGUGAUGCAACCGCUGAUCAUUUCAGAGGCAAUAUUCUUCCUGGCCUGUCCGUUUAGAACUUGUUCCCUAGAACAUAUCGUCACUGGUAUAGUGACCUUAGUAGCCGAUAGCACUUUACAGAACAUCGCUGUCAUCUCUAUCGAUCGCUACAUAGCGAUUCUUAAGGGUGUAAGGUAUUUGCAAUUGGUGACCAAAAAGCGUAUCGUCAUUGCCUUUGGUACCUACGCGCUGUUUCGCGUGUUUUUAAGCGUAUGUGUUUUCACAGGAACGAUUGAUUAUGUGGCGCUAGUAAUCGCGUCGAUAGUUUUCAGCAGUGCAAUUGUACUAUUUACUUGUGUUAGGAUUACUUUUCGUAUUCGUCGUCUUAGAUGUGUCGUUGUAGGACCAGCCCCGAACCCGGAAGAAGAAAGAAGACGAGCGCACGAGAGAAAAGUUACAAAAACAUUUGGCGUAUUAGUAGGAAUGUUUAUCGUAUGUUUUGCACCAGCUAUGGGCUACUACUUCGUCCUUAAAUCGACUGUUGUCGACCAAGUACUUCAUGCCAUAGUUUGGCGUUUUAUUGAAGUAAUAAUGAUGUUAAACUCAGUUUUGAACUUUGCUGUUUAUUUUUGGCGGCAUGGAGAGAAGCGAGUCGCCGUUCGGAAAGUCAUCGGCGACGCUUACGCUGCAGUUAAGGGUUGUAAUUGCCAUUAG